AUGGAGGUUCUUCCUUUUGGUCCGUGGGAGCCGGUUGCCGGAUGUAAGAGGGCAAUUUUGUUCUGCGUGUUCGGGUGCAUGGUCUGUGAGAGACAUCAGCUUGUCCAUGAAAACUGGACUUGGGAGCUGCGCGAUGGUUCGAGGUUAAAUGAUCGUGUGUUUAUUUCUGUUGGGCUUGGAGAAUGCCAGGGAGAUUUUGUCAUAUGUCCUAGGUCGACAGGCGAUGAUGCACAUCUAACUACACCGCUCUCGCAACGUCAAGUGGCGUCUCGUGAGGCGUGCAUAGCAGUGUUUGAGUGGGUGCAGGCUAGUGGUGAAGGCAAGCCUCCCUCGGAGUCGAUUUAUGAUGAUGAGUGGAUAGCGGAGUGUAUCUACGAUGGUGGUUCAGAGUUGGGCAUGGAAGAUGUUGCUGGUAAUAAUGUCUACCUCCCCACGAAGUCCAGUUCAGGUGGAGAGUGGUGGUGA